UUAUGUUAAGCAGAAACUAGCCAAUAGGACAAGCUCGCGCCAAAACGGCGCGUCAUUAGGCAAAUAAGCUGAGUAGACACUUUAUCGUAAUAAAAGGUGAGCACUUGCAGUGCUCUGCCUCUUUCUCGUGACGAUCUAGUGACUGUAAAGUAGUGGUUACCAAUAAAGUUGUUUUUUAAAAACUCAACCGCGCACGCGUAUGUAAUAACUGGUGUCAGAAGUGGGAUGCCAGCGCGAGUGUAAAAGAAAAAAGUGAUCAAGUGAAACUGCUCUGGAAAGGGUCACGCCCUGCAAUAUUCAGAAGACUCUUCUUGGAAAAGCGACGACACCCCUCUUAGACGAACUCAUCUUGAUCCGCUUGCAAGCUGGAACGGCUACUGUUACUAUGUAUCCUGGCGACAGAAGGACUUUCGACUUUACUGAUCCACGACUUAAGGCAAAGCCCCGUUGCCAUUAUCCCUUUAGGAGCGGCGAAAAUCAGCAAUAGACACAUUAGAAUUCUGCAUAAAAUAGAUCUAAACGAAAUCGAAAAUACGAUACAAAAACUAAGAAUAGACGCGGAAGAAAAAAUUGUUAACAAACAUCUACUCAGUUCCCUUAUUCAAGUGAAAAUAAGCAAACUCUAUCAAACAUUCUGGAAAAUCAAACCACACAGAGUAAGAAGGUGGGAAACAAUAGGUAAAAUAUGGAAAUACGUGUCAGGCAGUCCCGACGCGGAAGAUCUUAGAAUCAUAAAUACUACCACAAAUGCUCUUAUAGAUCAAAACGACAAACAAAUCAAAAUUAACCAUGACUUUGAAGAAAGGAUUUCAAAACUUACAAAAACUAUCAACAUAAUGAUUGCAAAUUCUAAUAACCUAGUAAACAAAGCUAUAGAAGGGCUUGAUUCUGUAAAGCUCUUAUUCAACUUAGAUGAACUCUCCCACCAAAUAGAAAUUAUAGAAGAAGCAAUUUCCCUAGCCAGGCUUAGCAUACCCAGUAGUCGGCUCAUCAGUCUACAAGAACUAACAGCAGCGCAGCAUACGCUACAGGACAACGGCCUAGGAUCAGACACCAUAGAUAAUAUCCUCGACAUAGCCAGCGCAUACGUUAUGUACUCGCAACAUUCCAUAGUCUACGUGCUCAAAAUUCCAAAGGUUACGAGCGAUGCGUUCACAUUAUACUACAUUGAACCAAUGAUUUCGAAUAGCACACGUAUUCACCUAAAAUCCAAGUACUAUCUGAAGGGUCCAAAUUCAUUUUCAUCGGAGAUACCAUGUCCAAAAACCAGAAAUUUACAUGUAUGCUUGAAUCAGCAGUUAGAAGCACCGGACAGCUGUAUUGAGCAGCUCUUUAAUGGAGAACCAUCCCAAUGCCCGAUGGAGAAAACAUACGGCCAAAACUUUGUCAAAAAGGUCGACGACUUCAAUAUCGUGGUAAAUCAAGUCAACAUGACGAUCCGCUCCAAUUGUUCAGCACACAACCAACGAUUAGAGGGAUCAUCCCUCAUUCAAAUAUCAAACUGCUCUAUUAGAUUGAAUAACGAGGAAUACUUCAACAAGGAAAUAGAAAUUCCUUCGAAACCAUUCAUUCCCACGACUGGAUUAAAGGUAACUUCAACUAAGUUAAUGGACCGUAUACCUUUGGAGUACUUACAGCAAUUGAACACAGAGCAACGGAACCACAUUAAUCAUCUAAACUUAACAACAGAUAAUCUUCAUGUGAACCUACAUCUACUUAAGUGGCUAUCAUCCGGUUCACUUUCUAUAAUAACAAUAAUCAUUAUCGGACUCGCCUUAGCCUGGACCCUUGGAGUACGCAUCCCGAAGAAGACUACCCUAUUCAUCCCUGAAGACACACCGAAACGAUUUAAGGACGAAGACAACCCGGACACGGACACGGAUUCACAACAGAAAACAGUAAUGGUACCACAAAUAUAAUAAUUCAAAAGCCGAGGACGACUUUUCGCUAGAGGAGGGAGCCGUUAGGGAUUAUGUUAAGCAGAAACUAGCCAAUAGGACAAGCUCGCGCCAAAACGGCGCGUCAUUAGGCAAAUAAGCUGAGUAGACACUUUAUCGUAAUAAAAGGUGAGCACUUGCAGUGCUCUGCCUCUUUCUCGUGACGAUCUAGUGACUGUAAAGUAGUGGUUACCAAUAAAGUUGUUUUUUAAAAACUCAACCGCG